AUGUCAGCUGAGGUGUUAGUUGGAAAAGUCAGCCGCUACGAAGUGACGAUGAGUUUGCAUCGUCAUUUGCCGAGGAUGUCAACUGAGGUGUUAGCUGGCCGUACGGCAGAAGUAAACAGUUCAAGACGCACUUCGUUUUCAGAUCCAGUCUUUCAGAAAUUUAAAAACCUUUUCGACGAGACCAUGCGAGAAAACGAUUAUUCUAAAGCCGAUAUGUUUGCUGAAGUUGUAAGCGAUCUUCGAAAAGAGAAAAAGAUCAAGGUUAUUUCGACCAAAGCGGUGGAAAAUUAUUAUAAUCAAACAACGAAACCCGACACCAGGACUAUAGGAGCGAUCAAAGCUUGGAUCGAGCUUAAGACUAGAGAAAAAAAUAAAUCUGCGUGCAGCCGUACGACCAGUAGUAAUAAUAUCAAUGAAGAAGUUAGCGAUGACAAUAGUGGUGAUGGGGAAAUAAACUAUAACAAUAAUAAAUAG